AUGGACGGAUGGCGGGCGCUCGUGCUGCCGCUAAUUAUGGGUGCACACGAAGAGCCUGAGAUGCAAAGCCAAUUGGGCCCCAUGUGGCAGCAGGCAAUGCUAGAAUUACUUAUCAGGCAAUACGGCGCGGAUAGGCAGGCAGCUGGAGAGAGGAUGCGCGGCGCAUACAUGCUGUGGAGGUGUUUUUCUCAUGUUCACGCCUUGGUCUGGCUCCAAGGCGGGCGAGCGAGGGAGGGGUCGAGAUGCUCGCGAGACGUCAUUGGCGUGCAGAGAGCGCGUCAAACUGCUGUGGCCGAAAUUGCCAGGCAGCACGGCACUGCACCGUAA